AUAGUUGUUUAUUAAAAAAAAAUCAAAACGUUAAAAAGACUAAAUUUUAAAUUUAAUUUUUUCGCUUUAACUCCAAUUUAUAAGUUAAUAAUUUUAUAUCCAAAUUGUGUGUGAUGGAUUCUCGGAAAGAUUGUCAAUAUGGUGAAAAUUGUUACAGGAAAAAUCCAGUACAUUUUAAGGAAUACUGUCAUCCUCAUUUGGAAAACAUCUUAAAAGCUGGACUAAAUAAGAAUACAAACCAUUAUGACAUUCCCACAGAACUUCAUAUGACAAAAUAUAUUAUAGAAGAUCAAUUAUCAAUAUUAGAAAAAAUAUUUCCCAAUUUAAGAACAUCAAGCGAAUCUUCGAAACCUGUCGAUAAAAAGAAUCAAAACUCUGAAAGUAAAAUUUUUAAUAAAGAACGUAAUAAUGCUAAACUGCAAGAAGCCAAAGCUAGAAACUAUGAUGUCGUAGUAGUAGAAGAUGAUGACUCGGCAAAUAGAUCAGGAAUGCAAAAAGAAAAAGAGAAAGACGGAAAAGAUAUAGCUACCCCGAAAAGGAGAAAUCUUCCUGAAUGGUCAAAUAAAAAAGAACCUGAAAUAUACAAAAAUAAAAGCGAUAGAAAAGAAACAGAAGGUGUUGACAGAAAUUCUCCGCAACCAAGUACGUCUUCAAAUUCGCAAUCUGAUGAGUCUCGAUUAUCAAAAAAACCAAAAAUAGAUCGCAAUAUUCAUGAUUAUAUUUCAGUCGUCUUGCCAAAAGGUAAUACGGCAAAAAAAUUAGAAAAAGCAGCACCUUACAAUAUAUUUCUGACAACAAUUACCGCUUCGCCAUUAACUCACCAUGAACCACUUUCCAUCACAUUCCAAGAAAUUUUAGAUGAAAGUUUGGGUGAAAUUGAAUCAUCAUUGCAAAUAAAUUUUAUGGUAGAUAUUGGGUGGCUCUUAGGACACUAUUAUUUUGCAGGAUGCUUGGAUAAACCAUUGCUGGUAUUGUAUGGGGAUGAAACACCAGAAUUGCAAACUAUUUCUAAAUCAAAGCCUCAAGUCACUGCAAUAAAAGUUAAUAUGCCAUCUCCUUUUUCAACUCAUCAUACGAAAAUGAUGAUAUUUAAUUACAAAGAUAAUUCGAUGCGUGUUGUAAUUUCUACUGCAAAUUUAUAUGAAGAUGAUUGGCAUAAUCGAACACAAGGUAUUUGGAUUAGUCCAAGAUUACCAGCUUUAAAUAAUGAUUCAGAUACAAUGGCUGGUGAUAGCUCAACAAAUUUUAAGCAAGAUUUGAUGCUUUAUCUUGUUGAAUACAAAAUUCCAAAAUUGCAAACUUGGAUAGCAAAAAUAAGAAAAACUGAUUUUAGUUCCAUCAAUGUGUUUUUAGUAGCAUCAGCGCCAGGUGGAUUUAGAUCCAGUUCUGUCAGAGGUCAUCCAUUUGGACACGCAAGACUAGGUUAUCUUUUAGGAAAACAUUCAGCAAAAAUUGAUGAAAACGUUCCUAUAGUAGCACAAAGUUCAAGUAUCGGUAGUUUAGGACCUAAUGUUCAAACGUGGGUAGAAAAAGAUUUUAUAAACAGCCUAAGGAAAGAUUCAACUCCAUUAGGAAUAAGACGUGUACCACAGUUUAAAUUUAUAUAUCCUAGUUAUGGAAAUGUGAAAAAUAGUCAUGAUGAUUUGUUAGGAGGCGGUUGUUUACCUUAUAGUAAAACUACUAAUGAUAAACAACCGUGGUUGAAAAAUCAUUUAUAUCAAUGGAUAUCUAAAUCUAGAUACAGAAAUCAAGCAAUGCCACACAUAAAAACAUAUUGCCGGUGGAAUGAUGAUGAAUUAUAUUGGUUUGUUUUAACUUCUGCAAAUUUAUCUAAAGCUGCAUGGGGCUCGUUUAACAAGGCUGCGAAAAUCGAACCAGCUUUAAGAAUCAUGAAUUAUGAAGUUGGAGUCUUGUUUCUGCCAAAAUUUAUUACCGGGGAAAAUACUUUUCCUUUAAAAAAGGAUAGGGAUGGUGUUCCAGCUUUUCCAAUGCCUUAUGAUAUACCUUUACGACCAUAUGGAACCGAUGAUAAACCUUUUGUAAUGGAUUAUUUAAUGAAUUAAUCGCUGCAAAAUUUAGUUUUAAAAAUUUUAUUUUUGUUUUUAAAUAUACACUUGCAUGUAGAUGUUCAAAACCAUUUUUGUAUAAAUUAUUUCAAAACUUUAACUUUA